GUGCUUUUGAACCGUUACUUCUGCUGCUAAAUAAGACAAUUAAUCGUGGUCCGGGUUUAGAGUCAGACUUCAGAGUGCUUUCACCUUCAUCUUCAACAUACGAAGCGUUAUUAUUCCUGUUUGUAUAAAAUCUACGCUGACCAGACUUUUUCGGUCUUGCCAGCUUUCGCGGUAUUUCAAACCCAAUAAACAGCGCGCAUCUGAUUCGACGUCCACUUUCCUCUCUCUUCUGCUACCUUCAUCGCUAAGCCAAACAAUUAACCAAAGUUCUUCAUCAAGGAUUGUAAUUUUGGCUUUAGAUACUGGAACUCGUUUGCUGCGAUUUCCUGGGGAGGUUGAGGAUUAGUUGGAGAGCAUGUUGACUAAUCUGGUCAACACUGUGGUAAUGAGGCUAGGUUCCGCCGUAUCCGAUGCCGAUCGCCUCUCCGUUGAUUCCAUAACUUUGUUCGUAACGCUUCUCUGCGCGUGCAUUGUCAUUGGCCAUCUUCUAGAAGAAAAUCGUUGGAUUAAUGAGUCCGUUACAGCUCUACUUAUUGGUUUAUUCGCUGGAGGAAUCAUUCUACUGACUAGUAAUGGAAAGAGUUCCCGUAUCCUCGAAUUUAAUGAAGAACUCUUCUUCAUAUAUCUUCUACCACCGAUUAUAUUUAACGCUGGGUUCCAGAUGAAAAAGAAGCAGUUUUUCCGAAAUGCUAUCAUCAUAUCACUGUUUGGCGUCAUUGGUUCACUAAUAUCAUUUUGUAUUAUAUCAUUCGGUGCCAAAGAAUUAUUUGAGAAGAUGGACAUUGGUUAUUUGGAGCUUCGAGAUUAUCUUGCAAUUGGAGCUAUCUUUUCAGCAACAGAUUCUGUUUGCACCUUGCAAGUGCUCAAUCAGGAUGAAACACCUUUUCUUUAUAGUUUAGUUUUUGGAGAAGGUGUUGUAAACGAUGCAACAUCGGUGGUACUUUUUAAUGCCAUCCAAAAAGCUGACCUCUCUAAUAUUAACUUCAAGGCGGCCUUACAAUUAACAGGCAGUUUCUUUUAUUUGUUUACAGCUAGUACUCUUCUAGGAGUUUUGGUUGGGUUGGUCAGUGCGUACAUAAUAAAAAAGAUAUAUUUUGGCAGGCACUCAACUGAUCGUGAAAUUGCGCUCAUGAUUCUCCUGGCUUAUCUUUCAUAUAUGUUGGCUGAACUACUUGACUUAAGUGGAAUUCUCACAGUGUUCUUCUGUGGGAUCGUUAUGUCACAUUAUACUUGGCACAAUGUGACCACAAGUUCUAAAUUGACAACCAGGCAUACUUUUGCAACACUAUCAUUUAUUGCUGAAAUUGUCAUCUUCCUAUAUGUUGGUAUGGAUGCUUUAGACAUGGAGAAAUGGAAACUCAUUAAUGACACUCCAGGUAAAUAUGUUGGAGCGAGCACUGUGUUGCUUGGACUGGUUUUGGUUGGAAGAGCAUGCUUUGUCUUUUUACUGUCCUUCCUAUCUAAUUGUACAAACCAAUCGAAGACUGACCAAAUAAAUGCCAAGCAACAGGUAGUAAUUUGGUGGGCUGGUUUAAUGAGAGGAGCUGUUUCUAUCGCAUUGUCGUAUAAUCAGUUCACAAGGUUUGGCCACACACAGCAGCCAGGAAAUGCUCUCAUGAUCACGAGCACAAUCACUGUCGUCCUCAUCAGUACAGUGGUGUUUGGACUGCUAACCAAGCCUCUUGUGAAGUGCUUGUUGCCUCCAUCCCAACAUUUGAGCAGCUCACUUUCAUCUGAACAAUCUGUUGCACUCCCACUAUUAAGCUCUGCACAAGGGUCAGACACUGCAGGCGAGACGGAUAAUGGGAAUAUCUAUCGACGACCGAGUUUCUGCAUGCUUCUGAGCCAACCUACUAAGACAAUUCACUACUACUGGAGGAAAUUUGAUGAUUCCUGCAUGCGACCUGUGUUUGGAGGGAGGGGAUUCAUCAUUCCUGAUGAUCAUGACUCGCCGAUGGGAGCGAUCAUUCACUAACCACUGUCCGAAGGAUAUGUAUGUAAGAUAUGUAUGUGCCUCAGCACACUACAAGCCGUGGAGGAGCCAGAAAUACGGUAUUGGGGGAGUUAGGCAUCUGCCAUUGGGGCAUCAGCCGUGGUACUCUUCAUGUGUACAGCAUAUUAUAUGAUUACUAUCAUUAUUCUAUUACUGUGAUUACUAUCCCAAUGCUCGUUUUGUAUAGCAUUAUUCAUGUAUUACUAUAUCAGUAUUGUAUAGCAUAUUCAGUGUACAUGCCACACAAUCUGUAUUACUACCAGACAUAUGAGUGAUAUGACAUAUGUAAUCUAGCUUGAAUGUAAUACGGAGUAUAAACUAAUAAUUGUAGAAACGAUUAGAGUUGAUGUGUGUUCGAGGAAAGAAUGAUGAGUUGUGCGGUUGCACCCUUCGAUAUGCG